AUGUUCACACUUGAAGUACACCAUGGGGGCUACUUUGUUGAUGGUUUAUAUAUGGGAUAUAUUGUACAAUGGGUUGAUGGGCAAGAUGCAGAUGAGGUUUCAAUGCUUGAAUUAUUUGAACUGAUUAAACACCUUGGUUAUGAUGAGCAGAACAUUCAAUACUAUUACAAGCACAGGACAAAUGGCUGGGUUGAAAUUAGGACAUAUAAGGAUUAUUUUGGAGCAUUGAAGUUGGUGCCGAGGCAGCUGUUUGUGUUAUACAUAACUGACAAUCCAGCACCUAGGCCUCUAAAUGUUCAAUCCCCAGUAUUCUCUGCACAAGAAAAUGGGCAACAUGAGUUCGUGGAUGUUGAGAUAGAUGAAGAAUUUGGUGAGGCAAAGGAAGAAGUUGAGGUAGAAAGUGAUGAAGCUGAGCAAGGUGGGGAGGAUGAGGAAGAAGAUGGUGAUUUCAUAGAUAGUGAGUUUGAGCAAAGUGAUGAAGAGUACAACAUGAAUUUUCAUAGGUAUGUUGUGACUGAAGAGCAAGAUGAUGGGUCUGCUGAACCAGGUGAGGGUGACACUGAUGGUUAUAAUACAUCAGACUUAGAGAGUUUGCAUGAAGAUAGUGGAGAUGAAGAUGGGAAGAAGAGAGGUUUGAGGCAACCAAAGUUCAAGCAGUACAAUAAACAGAUGGACAAUAUUAUGGAAAUAUCUGCCCCAACUCAUGCAUGGCUUCAGGAUAGGCCUGCAAUUCAUUGGAGCAGGUCACAUUUUACUACUGGGCCCAAGUGUGAUAUACUGCUGAAAAAUUUAUGUGAAUGCUUCAAUUCAACAAUUUUGGAGGCAAGAGAUAAACCAAUAAUCACGAUGGUGGAAAGGAUCAGAACCUAUUUGAUGUUGAGAGUUGCAAGACAAAAGGAGGUGAAAUGGACUCAAAGAGUUGGGCCAAGGAUAUUUCAGAUUAUUGAGAAGAAUUUGAAAGAGAGUGGCUCAUGCACUGCACAGAAUGCAGGUGGAAACAGAAAAUGGGAUCUCUGUGGCAUCCCACGUUGCCAUUGCAUGACUGCUAUAUCAAGGCAACAGAGGAGCCCAAUGACUUAUGUGAAUAAGAGGAAAUCAGGGCAUAGGUCAAUUAAACCCCCAUUGUAUCACAAACAUAUUGGUAGGCCAAAGAAGGCAAGGACUAGACUUGUUGAUGAGAUCCCAAAAGGUGCCACUAAACUUAUGAGAUAUGGAAUUGUAAUCUAUUGCUUAGUCUGUGAAGGAGAAUGCCAUAAUGCUACUAAUUGUGGAAGGGCAUAUGGCAAUAUGGGAAGAGGCAGAGGGAGAGGGAAAGGAAGAGGGAGAGGAAGAGGCAGAGGAACCAGCUCAGUCCAUCCAUCUGAAGAGGAACAGGCAAUUAGAGGAGGGUUGACAAGGGCUGCAGCCACUGCAAGCCAAAUAGCUCCAACCAAUGUUGCUACCCAAUCAAGUGGAACCAAUCCUACUACACAAUCAGCUCCUUGCAAUUUAGCUUCACAAGCAGGUCCAAGCAAUGUCACUCAAAACACUUCCAAGCCACAAGGGAAAAGGUUCAAAUCCCAUGCAAAAAGGGCAAGGCCAUGGAGGUAA